CUCCCUUUUUUGCCAAUCGCCAUCCCACGACAGCCUGAGGAAAGGAGCCGGGGAGGGGAAAGCGAGGACACACCCGCACAUACUGUACCCGCUUUACACCGCGAGGAUGACAACAUGAGGUGGAUAUCAUCGACUGCCCCAAAUUGGAUUUUUUUUUAACCUGCUCUGAAGACGGAAGGGCUGUUUGUCGCAGCUGGUUAUUCACCUUCCUGUUACCGGAGUCCAGAUGACUGCAGUCGGAUCCUAGGUGACAUCCUGUGGCCGUCAGGUCUUUACGGUGUCGAGCCCCCUCCUUCUCUCGGCCCCUGCCUGCAGUUCUCCAGGCUGCAGGACCCCGACUCAUUGAAAGGUGCAGGCCUCCUCCCCGUGCAGAAUGACUGUUGCCACGGGCGACCCCUCUGACGAGGCGGCUGCUCACCCGGGGCUGGACUACGACCCGGAGGCCGACCAUGAGUGCUGUGAGAGGGUGGUUAUCAACAUCUCAGGGCUGCGCUUUGAGACUCAACUCAAAACCCUCUCCCAGUUUCCAGAGACCCUGCUGGGGGACCCCAAAAAGAGGAUGCGCUACUUUGACCCGCUGAGGAACGAGUACUUUUUUGACAGGAACAGAACCAGCUUUGACGCCAUAUUGUAUUAUUACCAAUCAGGGGGCCGGCUAAGAAGGCCGGUCAACGUCACCCUUGAUAUUUUCUCAGAGGAGAUCCGCUUCUACGAGCUUGGCGACGAGGCCAUUGAGAUAUUCAGAGAAGACGAGGGUUUCGUCAAGGAGGAGGAGCGGCCUCUUCCUGAAAAUGAAUUUCAGAGACAGGUGUGGCUGCUGUUCGAGUACCCAGAGAGCUCAGGUCCUGCUAGGAUUAUUGCCAUAAUCUCUGUCAUGGUCAUUCUGAUAUCUAUCGUCAGUUUCUGCUUGGAGACUCUCCCCAUUUUGCGAAACGAUGACGACGACAGGUCUCCAACGAAAAUCUAUUACCCUGAGACCAACACCACAGUCAUCAGCUAUACAUCCACCUACUUCACUGACCCCUUCUUCAUCCUGGAGACUCUCUGCAUUAUAUGGUUCUCCUUUGAGUUUCUAGUGCGCUUCUUUGCCUGCCCCAGCAAAGCAGGCUUUUUUGGUAAUAUGAUGAACACAAUUGAUGUUGUUGCUAUCAUCCCUUACUUCAUCACUCUUGGCACAGAGCUCGCAGAAAAGCCAGAUGACGGUCAAGCGGGUCAACAAGCCAUGUCUUUAGCCAUUCUCAGGGUCAUCCGCUUAGUACGAGUGUUCAGGAUUUUCAAGCUGUCACGUCACUCCAAGGGGCUUCAGAUUUUGGGUCAGACGCUGAAAGCCAGCAUGAGAGAACUCGGCCUGCUCAUUUUCUUCCUCUUCAUAGGUGUCAUCCUUUUCUCAAGCGCCGUCUACUUUGCCGAAGCAGAUGAGCCCGAGUCACAGUUCGAAAGCAUCCCAGAUGCGUUUUGGUGGGCGGUGGUGUCCAUGACAACAGUUGGCUACGGUGAUAUGGUCCCAACUACCAUCGGUGGCAAGAUCGUGGGCUCCCUCUGUGCCAUUGCAGGUGUGCUGACCAUUGCCUUGCCCGUGCCUGUCAUCGUGUCCAACUUCAACUAUUUCUAUCACCGUGAGACUGAAGGCGAAGAGCAGGCGCAGUACUUGCAGGUCAACGUGGCCAAAACCGAUUCAGCCGAAGAGCUGAAGAAGAGCCGCAGCGGCUCCACCAUCAGUAAAUCGGACUAUAUGGAGAUUCAGGAGGCAGUGAACAACAGCCGGGAGGACAUUCAGGAGGAGAACCUCAAGACGGCCAACUGCACGCUGGCAAACACAAACUAUGUAAAUAUUACAAAAAUGCUCACAGACGUGUAGUCGUCGGCUAUCUUCCUCUCCGUCAUGGCGGGAAAUGUGGAGCCGGUAAUUAGACAGGACUGGUGUACAGCCUCCCACCUCACGUGUGCUGGAAAAAACAAGGCAAUAGAAUUCAGGAUGCUGAUGAUGAUAAACAGUGAAAAAAAUAUAUAACUAAGACCAUCCGCUCACUCUUCGCUCAUCCUGUCUUCACCCCUCACAACUUGCCCUUAACAACUCCUGAUAACUGUCCAACAGAGUGAAAUUUAAAAUGUUGCAUAUCUGCAUGGAGUUGGCUUUGUUUUGUGUGUGUGGCUGUUUUGAAAAAAAAUGACAAUGCCUAAACUAAAAUUGUUCCUGCUCACAACAGUAGCCAACAGUAGUGCACCAAAAGAAAAGAACAAGGGAGAAACACGGCGAGAAAAAAAAAAAGUAUUGCUUCCAAAAGAAUAAAAAGCAACACAAGUCCUGCUUUAGUCCCCCAUCCCUCAUUUCCCAAGACACGCUGCUCUGCCAUGCGCUUUCUGAAGAGCCCUACUCGCGCGCUACAUAUGCUGCUUCUUGGAGCCAAUAAAAAACUGUCUUAUGAUUCACCAUUUAGGAACAAGAGGAUGUGUGAGCAUAAAGCAAGCUCACCCCACUACUGGAUGGCCUGUGGGUGACUUAUGAGGAGGUUGGUGUUUAAGUACACCACGUUAUUUCAAGGAUGAAUGACAGCCAUCAGCACUUAGCUCAUGGUUCGACACCUUUUUUUCCCAGCAGACAUCAGUAUCUGAUGAAUGGCUGAGAAUGGCCUUGCUUUUUCACUGCUUUAGUCUUACAUGUACUGUAUGUAUUGCAAUGCAAGCUUCCCCCCCCUUCCAUUCACCCAAAACUGGUCUUACUGCAGAGCUUUGAGGACAACUUGAAUGUUUCUUCUUGUUUUGUUUGUUUUUCACAGUUUCACACACACAGACACGCACAUACUUAUUUAAAUAAGGUAGGUUAACUGUGACUUAACUGAUAGCCGGUAGGUAGGUGCUGUUACUAGUAAAAACAUAGUCAGUAGAUAAUUGCAUGACAUUUUUAUCUGAAAGAGAAUUACCACUUGUUUAUUGACUGCCACUUGCUUCAUCACACCACUGUAUAUUUGUGUGUACACUGCCUUCUAUAAAGAUUCACAAUUUUAAAAGGACGCCUGCGGGUCAAGAACCUAUAGCUGUACGUUAGAGGAUUUCUUAAGGAAUACCCAAAAGGUCAAAUCCUGCUCUUAAUGUGGUGUCCUUGUCGAUAUUUACAUUCCAUGUAGAAGUCAUCGCUUUAAACUAUUGCCAGAAAAACCGCUGAGCUGUGAUUUCAGGCGUGAACUCACACUCUAGUUUUGGACAUGGAUCCCAGUCGCAUAUGUGAUAGACUCGUAGUGCUGUCUUUUUCACAGUUUUGUCACAGGAUCACGUUGUCAUGAUCGAAAUAGCAACUUUUAGGAUUCUUGUAUAGAGUAAUGCUUCCCCCCCAAACUGCCUUUUUAUCUGGGUUUACGCUAAUCUCCUAAUGUUGCAUGACCUCAAAAACAUUCCUAGAAGCAUGCAUUUAAGAUCAUAGAAGAAACAAAACAAAAAAUCUAAUAAUUACAAUAGAUAUAUUUAUUUCGUAUAUAUAGAUAUAUGAGUAAAAUAUGUAUACAGACGGGACACAUACUAUACAGGACACAUAUACUAUUAUCAGAGAAUAAAAAAAACUUUAAAUAGCAAUGUUUAAGAGAAAGCAAGAACCUUUCCACAAUGCGCAAAUCAUUGCCAUGUUUUUAAUAAAAAAAAACAUUUUGAAUGACAAUAAUGGUUGUUCUGAGCACAGUGUCAGUUUCAGAUCCAAAGACACACUCUUACUAGCCAUUUUAAAAGCAUAAUUUUCGCUUUCAGCAAACCAGACACAUGAAUACAAAAAAUGUUGCUUUACUUAAUAUAAAAAAAGGCUUUCUGUAUUAAAGGCAUCGCGUUGUAUCAUCCCUAGGCAAGAGUCUUGUAUCAGAAAGAUUUACAUUGGUGAUCAUUUGCUCAGAAUUUAAAUGGAGUCUGGCUGUCCUUUUUAGAAGUCUCUGGUGCCAGAAGCUCAAUCUGUCUGUAAAUGUUGGCAUCGAAUGUGGAGUAGCUUCUAGGAUUGUGUCCAGCUGAGAUUCAUUCACUGUUCGCUCAACACUGCCAAGGUAUCAGUUAAAGGCAGUAAUGUCAAUAUGGGAAGGAUAAUUAGCAGCGUUGUGUAGCAGAUAUUGGCUAACCUGGGGGUACUCUGACUUCACUCCUGAGUCGCUUGCCUUUCUUCAUCUUCUCACAGAUGUCUUAGGUAAUUAGAAAGGUGAUGGAUUAGGAGAAGCUGUGUAGCAAGACAUGUCUACAUGCAUUCUGUCAUGCCAGGAUGUGCAUCUUUAUUCUUAGGGUUUCAUUCUGCUCACUACAGUCUUUAACCUGCAGUAGCAAAAAUGUUUUUACACCAUCGCUGCCAAUAUGUGCUCAGGAUGCCUCGUCCAACUGCCUGACAUGAGGCUUCUGAAGCCCAGAUCUGUGUCUGAUUUCAUGUCUCUUUAAAGAGACUUUCAGUAAAUAAAAUGGAGGAGUUAUAUUUGUUGCUUUUCUUAGAAUAGCAUAAAAGGUGGAUUGAGGUCUGUAACCGAAGGUAGGACCAGAUUUUGUUUAGCAAUAUUCCCAUAUUCAUUUGGUGGAGAGGUCUUUGUGGACAUCAUGUUUUAAAAAAACGUAAUGGACCUUCACAGUCCCACCAAGAUCCUGUUUAUCAGUUAAGUAUUUUUGGAGGUGUGUUGAUGAACGGCUAUGUAGGAGUUUUCUGUGAGUGUGUGCUUGUGUGUGUGUGUAAGGAAGAGAGAACCACAAAGAGAACCACUGAAUGUUAGUGUCUUUGCCUGGUUGUACAGCUUCAUUUAUGCAACAGACAUUUACAUCUGUAUAUGUGAAGAAAAAAAACACUCACAGUCUGACCAAAAAUAUGUGUCUAUGCAUGCAAAUGCAUUGUAUCUCAUUGUCGUCAUUUCAUUUGUUUUGAACAUAUGUAUAUGAUAAAUGUUACACAUGCUACAUUUAUCUGUUAUGUUUGAAAUUGGGCACCUCACUGUACCUCAGCAAAUUCACUGUAGCCACUCAUACACUACAACAUCUAACAACAACAGUUAGUUCUGCUUAAAGCACAAAGACAAGUAGAAUCAAACACCUGCAGAUUUAAUCUGUAAAUGUUUGUAUUCAGUGGGAACAAAGUCAACUACGAUGAUGUAUUGCUUUAUGAGGAGCAAUACAUCCUCAAAAAAAGUCAUCUCUCACCUGCUGAGGGUCUCACUAGCAAAUCCGCUCCAUGAGAAGGGUGCCCAACAGUGACUACACUGAGAAAUCUAUGCAGAAGAUGAUUAUAAGCUGGUAGUUGAGAAGGUUUAAGAACAUCAUGUUUUACUCCGGCACCAAUUACAUGUUGAUCCUGAGAGCUGACAGUGCUUUUGAAACGAGCCCCUCAAGCAGAAGAGACACACUUUGCAAUAUUCUGCUGAUCUACAAACACUCACACGUUGGAUGAAUGUGAAUGGGAGCUUUUGUUUGUUUUAAAUGCGAUGUCAGCUCUUUGAGACAAAAAAGAUAUUCAUACACAUGGGAAGCAAGACGAUCAAUAUGCAAUCUGUAUGCAUGUGUGUGUUUGAGGUUAAACGUUUUCUUUUCGUUUGACCCCCAGAGCCUGAUAGUGUGGCAUCCACUGACACAAUAUGUACAGUUCUCCACCCCCCCCCCCCCACAUCAUAGAGGCCUGAAAACAUCCAUCAACGUUGGUACAGUGGAUAAUGGAUUUUCUUUCUAUGAAAUGAAAUGUGAGAGAAUAAUGUAAAUAAUAACGAAUGGAUGAAGGAGCAAAAACCAUGUACAAUAUACUGUAUGUGAAGUCUGGAUUUAAAAUGUAGUAUUAUCUGCACUUUACAAGACAAGAAGGACAAUCUAAGGACAAGAAAGACAUGUGAAAUAAAAAAAUGCAUAUAAUCCUUCCAAAUGAUCAUAACCCUGACGAAGUAAUAUCAAUAAUGAAGCCAAUAAUAAUUCAACUGAAAUGCUGUGGUGUCUUUUUUUUGCUUGAAAUGUGCUUUUCAAUGUGAAGAAGAAUAUGUAAAAGGUAUUUUUUCCCAAGUUUCUCCAGCCUUUUCCCUUCACAUCACAUUGUUGGCAGGGGUAUUUAAUCCAAAAAUGAUUUAAGGAGCUAUUUUUAGCCGAAGAGCGUCUGCGCUGAUGCAAAACGCCAUGCAUCGAUCAAAGGCCUCUUUGUUGUUAUUCUUAGGACAUCCAGCGUCUUUGUAGCCAGGGGCUGUGUGGGAGACAUUUUCAAACGCCUCCUGGUAUCUUCAGCUUCAUCCUCCCUUUAAGUGCACGGUAUAUGCUCCCUGCAGUUAAAAGAGAGCGCGGGGUGUUCUAUUAAUAGCCUUUUUGUUGGAGAAAGAGGAGGAUGGAUGUGAGCAGAGGAGGAGACGGAGAGAAAGGUGAAGAGGAAGGAAAAACAUCUUAAAAAAUCCUUCAUAGUGAACUCUUAAAGCAGCACAAACCUGACAACCAUGUGCAAGGAGCCACAAUAGGAAAAAUGACACUCAAAAUUACUGUGUUCUUCGGGGCAAAAUGUUUACUUCAGAUUUUCUCCCACUGCAAUUUGGCCACUAUACACGCAGGUAUAAUGUACUGUAUGUCUCUCAGGUGAUGUUAUACUCCUUUCUUCCGACGAUAAAUGUUUGCAUCUGC